AAAGAGGCAGUUACCGACGCAGCCCGGAUUACGUUGUGCAUGCCUUUGUCUUAACGUAGCAAAAUAGUGGAUCAUUUAAGAAAACAUAAAUAAAAGGUUUUCGGUUUUCGCGCGGGACUGAUCUAAAAUGAGGCAUACUACCGCAAUAGUGCGAAAAUUUUCAUGUGCCGGUGUUUUUGGUCUUUAUUAAACAUUUCUAUGCAAUGAAUUUUAUGUGUUUUUUGUCCAACCCCCAAAGUAAAUUUCGCGAAAUAAAACAUCGUGUCCCUUCUCAUAGGUCUUCUUUUGGAUUAGCUUUUUCGAAGAUGUAAAAAGUGAUGGCAGGCCGGCGGUGUCACCAGCACCCAGCUGCCGUUCAUCGGCCGACGAAAGUGUCCUGAAACCCCCGUCUUCCUCACCCGUUCUUAGUAAACGUGAGCCAUGGACCACAGCGUCAAGGCGAUGACGUCACCGCGCGUGCUGGCGCGCGCUUUCAAUCCUCAUCGGUUCGAGAACGACGAACUCGAGCAACUGUAUCAGCGAUACAUCUGCAAACUGCAGCAUUCGAGUGUUGCGGCGGUCGUAGCCCUGUUCGUUGUGCUUACCUUUCUAUUGGCUAAUCUCAGUUUGGUAUACUCUCAAGCGGCUACAACUCAGAAUGUAUACCACACGGCUCAUUGCAUUCUUUUCGCGUUGCUACUUGGGUUUCUGCAUACCAGGUUCAUGCAGGACGCCUACCUUCUGUGGGUGUGCUACGUGGUGCUCUUCUUCUUGGCUACGUUUUGUGCGCUAGCAUUGCCUCUGUAUCCAGCGAGUUCGCACACUCGAGUGGCUGCCGAGGGAACGUGGCAGGUUGUGUUUGUUUUAUUCCUGGCGUACGCCAUGAUGCCCCUUAAAUCCUGGAUAGCAGCCGUUUUUGGUCUGCUACUAUGUGCUGCACACUUAUCGGUUGCAACUAUAUUCGCAACAGAUUUUCCGCACCUCAAAUGGCAACAGUUUAGCGCCAACGUGGUGGUCUUUGUAUGCAUUAACGCCGUGGGUAUUUUCAUGCACAAUUUAAUGGAACAUGCUCAGAGGAAGGCAUUUUUGGAUACCAGAAACUGCAUCGCAGCGCGACUGGAAAUGGAGGAUGAAAACGAAAAACUUGAAAGGCUUCUUUUAUCGGUGCUGCCCCAACAUGUCGCAAUGGAGAUGAAGCACGAUAUUAUAUCACCGGUAGAAGGCCAAUUCCACAAAAUCUACAUUCAAAGGCAUGAAAAUGUCAGUAUACUGUUCGCUGACAUUGUCGGAUUCACCGUGUUGGCAUCCCAGUGUACUGCUCAGGAAUUGGUUCGUCUUUUGAAUGAGCUCUUCGGUAGAUUUGAUCAGUUGGCAAAUGAUAACCAUUGUCUUCGUAUUAAGAUCCUAGGCGAUUGUUACUACUGCGUGUCCGGCUUGCCAGAGCCUCGUUCUGAUCACGCCCAUUGCACCGUGGAAAUGGGUUUAGAUAUGAUCGAUGCGAUCGCGAGCGUUGUAGAAGCCACCGACGUGCAACUUAAUAUGCGUGUGGGGAUACAUUCCGGGAGGGUGCUGUGUGGCGUUUUGGGUCUUAGGAAGUGGCAAUAUGACGUGUGGUCUAACGAUGUCACCUUGGCAAAUAAUAUGGAGGCUGGUGGAGAGCCUGGGAGGGUGCAUAUAACUCAAGCUACUUUGGACUAUUUGGGAGGGGAAUACGAAGUUGAAUCGGGUAACGGAGCAUCCAGGAAUCAGUACCUGCGCGAUCAUUGCGUCACAACAUAUUUUAUAGUUCCGCCCGCUAGGAGGAGGAAGCCACUGUUGUUCAACACGCUGCAGGUGCGGUCCGCCCUCGGCGCUGCCCAGCGACGUAAACUCAGUUUCAAGAACGUCUCCAACGUCGUGGUCCAGCUACUUCACUCGAUCAAAUACUCCAUGGAGGUGCCGUUCAGCAAUAUGACGUUGCAACCGGACCUGAAGGCGACCACUACCAGAAAGGACGCGGUGCUAGACCUGCAGAGGGUACUACACGCAGACCCUUACUCAGGUGAUCCUUCGCAAGCCGACCAAUCUUGUAGUAAAGUGCUAGAACUACAAAGGGUGCUCCACGCAGAAAUCUCACCCUCUCAAGAGCAAAAUCGAACCACCUCAGCCUCAGACAGCAACAAUAAGGUAACGGAAAAGUUCAAAAGACCCUUUAAAAAGCGGCACUCGAGCGUUUACCAUCAGCCGUCGAAUAGGGUCAACAAAUAUUUGGCCCAGGCGAUUGAAGCCAGAAGUAUCGACAGAGAAAAAUCCACGCACGUGAGUUUGUUUACCUUGUGCUUCAAAGACAGAAACAAAGAAAAUCAGUACCAUGAAGAUUUAGAUGUGGGUUACAGCUCAACUCUGGCGUGCGCUUUAGUGCUGUUGGUGUUCCUAGGGAUACUGCAAGCCACGGUGCUACCAAGAACCAUUAUUUUACUCUUACUGUUUCUGGUUGCUUUUAUAUGGAUUUCGGCCGUUUUAAUACUCUUGCUGGCCGUUAGAUUGAGGUGGAUAUUGUGGGACAUCUCCCAUAGUUUUGUACUACGGUUGGCCAUUACGGUAUUUACGAUCGUUUUGAUUUACACCGUCGCCCAAGUGAACGUCUUUACGUGUAUAUCAGACGAACCAUGCAUAUCCCAUUCAACACUGAACGUCACACUCGAUACCGGUUUGCCAAUGGAAAGUGACCACCGAGCCUGUCCUUUGCCUCAAUAUAUCGUGCUCUCGUGUGCUCUCGGAUAUUUAGCUGUAGCAAUAUUUUUAAGACUACCCAUUUUGCUCAAAACCAGCCUUCUAAUGGUUAUGUCUACUAUUUACAUACUCCUUAUUGAAAUUUCUCACAAGGAACUAUUCGACUGUUACGAUAUCAGAGUCAGUUCCGUCAUACCUGCCCACGUACUCUGUGUUGUCGAGGUACUCAUAUUUGUGCUAGCCGUCCUCCUCCAUGGGAGGCAAGUGGAAUGGACGGCCCGUUUAGACUUUUUAUGGCAGGUCCAGGCGAACGAAGAGAAGCGAGAAAUGGACGCCCUGCAACACUCCAACAAAAGGAUAUUAUUUAAUUUAUUGCCCGCCCACGUCGCGACUCAUUUCCUCGACAACCAGUUUCGGAAUAACAUGAAUACUCUAUCACAGGAAUUGUACCAUCAAAGCUAUUCACGGGUCGGCGUUGUUUUCGCAUCGAUCACAAACUACCACGAAUUUUAUACCGAACUGGACGGCAACAACCAAGGCGUCGAAUGUUUGCGUCUGCUGAACGAAAUCAUUGCCGAUUUCGACGAUUUACUUAGCGAAGAAAGGUUUAAGGCAAUCGAUAAAAUUAAGACGGUGGGUUCCACUUACAUGGCAGCAGUGGGGCUGAUGCCCGACCAGAGAAUAACGGACGAUGACGAAACAUCAGCCGGCAUUCAUUUGGGGACUUUAGUUGAAUUUGUUUUUGCGAUGAGAGAAAGACUUUUAAAUAUUAAUGAGAACUCGUACAAUAAUUUUAUGCUUAGAGUAGGCAUUAAUAUAGGGCCUGUGGUGGCUGGUGUUAUUGGUGCUAGAAAACCGCAAUAUGAUAUUUGGGGAAAUACGGUGAACGUGGCUAGUCGUAUGGACUCCACCGGUUUGCCUAAUCACACCCAGGUGACGGAAGAAGUAUACCAAGUACUUAAGAAUCAUCCGUACGAGUUUCAGUGCAGAGGAAAGGUCAAGGUCAAAGGUAAAGGCGACAUGACCACCUACUUUUUAGUCGACAGGAAACAGCCGGGCACACUGAGAGUGGAAGAAUUAAACAACAUUCGAUUAAACUCAAAUAACAGCAACAAUAUCAACAACAUGUAUGGCGGAGUCGCUACACCGCUGGCUUUGUUGCAUCGCGGGGAUAAUAAUAUUAGACCAAAACACGGUAUGCAGUUACAGGGGAGAUCCAAUUCCCGUGAAGAUGGUUACAAUGGCGGUAGAAAUGCGGUGCGAUUACCGCCAUUAAGGGAGACUCAGCAUAGGGAUCAGGGAUUAUCCGGGUGCGAAAAUGAACCUUUGCUCCCUGCACCCGUAGGCAGGGGUAAUCGAAACGGAAAGAAGAUGACCCACGAAGGAGAUUUACCCCCGCCGCCGUUGCCGCCUCAUAAAAAUCACUUUCAGCCAAAUCAGAAACAACAAAUUCCGGAUAUGAAAUAUAACCCUCCUUGGCCGCGUCCUCAGCAGUCCUAUAUUUCAAUAACAUCAAAUCCUGUGCCGAUGGACAACAUAAAACCCUAUUUGAAACCUCUGCCGCGGCCCCCAGGAAAGGAAUCUCCUAAUAGACAUCAGCGUAAAAAUCAGGCUCCCGUGUCAAUGCCUUCUUCUCGGCAGUAUGUUCAGCAGAGUCCACCAUUGACCAGACAUAAUGUACUACCCAUUUUUGCGCAAAAGGCCACUCCGGAACAUACGCCAGAGUUAUUAAGAGGGAAAAUUCAAGCAAGACAUAGUAGCAGUCCUUUGCACAGAAAGAGUCCUCAUCACCAUAGGCAUAGUCCUUUGCAAAGACAUUACUCUGACGAAAGUCUCGGGGGACUUUACAGUUCUUCAGCGCCCCAGAGAAUCCAUUCUUCGGCAGACGAAAUUAGUUCACUUAAUCACUCGCCCAGUAUAAGUAGUUCAGACGAAAGUUAUAGUAGAACCACCGACGCUGAUGCUUCACCUUGCGUGUCUCCUCCAUUGCCGGCCGACACUCAGCAGUUUUUAUUCCCUUCAGACAUUCAAGUCAAUCCACUUUCUUCCCCUGAAGUAUCCCCAAGGGCUUCCUUAGAUUAUAUACCACCCAGCUGUUCUUUGAGGAACAACUCUAAUGAUAGAGCAAGUGUUAAGAGAAAUAACUUACCUCCAAAUGCUGUGUUAGCUAUUGCUGCAACUUGCAACACCGCAGAUUCUUCAGUAAUUACGAGUCCGCCAGUUUUGGAUGGGGAAGAAAGUUACCGUGGAGAAAGCUGUGCAAGUUUUGAAUUUGUUGGUCAUCCAAAUAGACAAAAGUCAACUUCUGCGAGAAUCGCAAGUACAAAUAGCGGCGGGAUUAACAAGCAAUUAUUUAAGCAAAGAAGUUUGGAUAACAAACGUAUUCGGACGGAUAGCGAUUCCAUACUAGAGUGCAACAAGUUGUCUUCUAAUUGUAAACGAUCUCCAAGUUUUAAAGAGGCGGAAGAAAUUCGACAAAUGCUUGUAGAAGAAGAAACGAAAACCACUAUAAAUAGCGAGAAAAGUUCAAAAAAAGAUGGGUGUUGCCAGACAGAUAAAAAAGAUUUGAGAAAAUUGAGAAUAUCGCCUCUUACAUUAAGGGAUAAGAUAUCUCCAAGCCUGAAAGUUACCAAUAUUGAACACUGUGAUAAUUCCAUAGGACCGUUUGAGAGAGAAAUUCAGAAAUUACUUGACGACCAGAAUUUACUUCAAAAUAUACCUCCAAAACUUGAACUGCACCAGCAAAACAAAGAUCUAGCAUUGGAGCCAUUAGUAAGGUACGCUCCAAGUAAUAACAACCAUCAAGUGGGUUUAGCAGCGAUUCAGGCACUGGCUCUAGGUUUAAGAGUAAAUCCUACUGGCAGUGUUACCCUUCAGUGCAUGUCCCCCACGCGAGCAAGCAGCAAAGAGGGAUCACUUAAGAGGUGUGCGUCACCGGGACCUUCUGAGUCAAAUAAACAACCGAAGGUGUCCCCUCUCGACAGGACCCCACGACCUAGAGAAGAACCGGAUUUAGACUGUGAUAUGCCAGAAAUUCAAAAGCGCGAGGAGGACACCGAUUUAGAAAGCUUUGAACAAGAUGAAAGGAGAAUGGAAGAGGAAGCUGCAAAGCCAUCAUUGGAAAGAGAACUGGAACUGGAAGUCAAGAGGCUUCUGGAAGAGAAAAUACAAGAGAAAUUAAAAAAUAUUGACAGCAUAGUGAUUGAGAAUCAUACUCCUACUGGUACCAGCGCUGUUCCUGAAGGAAGUAUUUCAGAGUGGUCGGAAGAUGAAGACGGCGGAGCUUCUGAACCACUGUUAAAUGACAGAGAAUCUACGGGCUAUACCACAGAUGAUCCAGCUUUGGAAAACAUCUCAAUGAUUAACGAAGCUGGAUUAACAGAUGCAGAAGGUGCACUCAGUGACGUCAACUCAGCCUACAAUGAUCACAACCACGACGGUGAUAUGGACGACAACACUAGCAUGUCUUCAAGAGCGUCGUCGCGAAUAUUCGAUUCCGACGCUAUGAUGUCAUUAGAUUCGUUGAGCGCCCUCUAUGACUCGGAAUAUGAUAAUUGUUAUAGAACAGACGACGAUAUAAACGCCGUUCCCGAAUUGGAAAGACUUAAUUACUUUUCAGUGCCUGUGAGUGACGUACAUCUAGCGAACAUUAGGUCAAUGAGUGAGAGUAUUACGCGAAAUUUUGGGCAACCUCGAAGCGAAACAGAUCCAGAUAGUGACGUCUGACGCUCUAAAAUGCGGAAAGAGAAAUUUUAAGUGAAACAUGACUUUCUGAACAAUGAGUUUCAUGUCUUCGAAUAUUUUUUAUAAAAUUCUGUAUGUUCCAUUUUGCGGUUUAAUAAUGCCAUGGCGGGUUAUCCAAGCUAUGUUACAUAUCAAAUUUGAUACAAUAAAAUUUAUCUUUAUUGAAAGGAAUGGUGGGAAAACAUUUUUGGUGGCGGUUUUAUUUUCUCAUUCGCUAAAAAUACAGCCACUGAAGCAAUAAUUGAAAAACAAUGUAAAAAAAGGAAAUAAAAUCUUCAAAAUCCAUUUGCACGAAAUUUUGUGAUGAUCAGUACAUUUUUUGUUUGAGUAAGCACAGAAUCAGUUAAAGAUAGCUGAAUGCUUUUUACAUUAAUAGCACUGUACAUAAUUGGAUAACGACGGCAUGUGCGUUCCUUCUUAUUAAUAUUGAAAUGUGCCUGAAGGAGGUCCAUUUUCAGUAUGAUUGUGUAUUUCCAAAAUGUCAUGUGUUGAUGUUUAGAUAUUUGCUGCUUAGUGGCAUACAAAUGGACUGAAGUUUGUGAUUCUACAAUAGGAUUUAUUAUUGUUAGGCAGCUCUCUGAGUUAUAUUUCUAUUGCCCAAUUUUCAGUUAAUCAAAAGCCAAAGAAAUGUUUUCCUUAUUUAAAACAAAAUGCAAUUAACACCGGUUCUUUGGAAAUCUCAUGGUUCUCAAAUAGUUUUUUUUUAUAUCUAGUAGCAAGUACCGGCGUAAAGUGCAAUAUUUACUUAAACUUUUAACAUGUAUGUUGCGCACUAACUACAUAAAAAAUAGUAAUGUUUGACAUUUUAUAUAUUUAACUUACAUUGCAUAUAAUUUUCAUAAUUUUUCCAGAUUCAAAAAUAAUUAACCCACUUGCAUAUCAAACUGGCUUGAAGCAAAUCUUAUUAGAACUGUUCAUUUGACCUAAAUUUAAUUGUUUUGAUGAAACAGAACUAGAAUGUCACCUAAAUUGCUGGAAAGGAUCAAUUUAAAUAAUAAUAGAAAAGCUAUGAACGGGAUCUUUCAAAUUUUUAAAAAAUUAUAAACAAGUAUUAAAAAGACUCCAUUAAACCAUGUUUUUGUUUUUAUAGUUGAUUUACUAAAUUUGUUUCCUAUAGCGCAAUGCAAUUGCAGUUUAUUUUUCUUGUUGUGUACUUAAAUUUAGUUUUUCAUUUUUUUUUGUACAUGUUAAUCGGUUUUUUUUUUGCAAACCUUGGCGACUUGUUAAAACAUGUUAAUUCCUGUGAUCACCACUAGCAGACUAUUUAUAUUAUUACUGGUGAUAUUAUAGGUGUAAAUACAGCGCACUUACUAUGAAUAAUAUUUCAACUAUUGCUCGUAGAUGUUAAUUAAUUUUCUCCUAACUCAUUUCUGUUGAAAUUUUUCUUAAAUUUAUAUGUAAAAUUUUUUAUGUAACUAUGUUAAUAUAUUUUAAUUAUUUAUUGAGUGCUU